AUGGUCGCAGACAUGGAUGGAGAAAAGCGGAAAAGAAGUAUCUGCUCACGGCAAGAGCCAGCAGCUGCACUGAAGAUCUUGAAAGAUGGGAACAACAAGCGUGACGAAAUCCCUGAUAGAGUGACUCUGAAAAAAGAAAUAGGACUUUUAAGCGCCUGUACAAUAAUCAUAGGGAACAUAAUUGGUUCUGGAAUCUUCAUCUCUCCUAAGGGGGUUCUAGAGCACUCGGGUUCAGUGGGUCUAGCACUGAUUGUGUGGGUACUAGGGGGCUGCAUAGCUGCCCUGGGUUCCCUCUGCUAUGCUGAGCUGGGAGUCACCAUCCCCAAGUCAGGGGGGGACUACUCCUAUGUCACAGAAAUUUUCGGAGGCCUUGUUGGGUUUCUCCUCCUGUGGAGUGCGGUGCUCAUCAUGUACCCCACAACCCUGGCUGUCAUCGCCCUCACCUUCUCUAACUAUGUCCUUCAGCCUGUAUUCCCCGACUGUGUCCCUCCCUACAUGGCCACACGCCUGCUGUCAACAGUCUGUCUCUUGUUCCUGACCUGGGUGAACUGCUCUAGUGUGCGUCUGGCCACCAGGAUCCAGGAUGUGUUCACGGUGGGGAAGCUGGCGGCCCUGGGUCUCAUCAUAGUGGUCGGCCUGGUGCAGAUCUGCAAGGGCAACUACGAGGGACUGACGCCUCAUGUGGCUUUUGAGUUCAGCAGGACUCCCUCAGUUGGGCAGGUCGCUCUGGCUUUCCUCCAGGCCUCUUUCGCCUUCAGUGGAUGGAACUUCCUGAACUAUGUCACAGAGGAAGUGGUUGAACCGCGACGGAACCUACCUCGUGCCAUUUACAUCUCAAUCCCAUUGGUGACCUUUGUGUACACGCUCACCAACAUCGCCUACUUCUCCGCCAUGUCACCCGAGGAGCUGCUCUCAUCCAACGCUGUGGCCGUCACGUUUGGAGAGAAGCUCCUGGGGAUGUUCUCUGUCCUUAUGCCCAUCUCGGUAGCCUUGUCCACGUUCGGAGGCAUCAACGGCUACCUCUUCACCUCCUCAAGAUUGUGUUUCUCUGGGGCCAGAGAGGGACAUCUACCCAGCUUGCUGGCCAUGAUCCACUUUAAGAACUGCACCCCCAUCCCAGCUCUCCUCUGCUGUUGUACUGCCACCAUUGUAAUCCUGUGUAUAGGAGAGACACACAACCUGAUCAACUAUGUGUCCUUCAUCAACUACCUCUCCUAUGGAGUCACCAUCGCAGGCCUGCUCUACUACCGAUGGAAGAAGCCCAAACUUUACAGACCAAUUAAGGUAAACCUCCUUGUCCCUGUCACCUACCUGAUGUUCUGGGCCAUGUUGCUGGGCUUCAGUCUGUACUCUGAGCCAGUGGUGUGUGGUGUUGGGCUGGUCAUCAUGCUCACUGGUGUACCAGUCUAUUUCCUGGGGGUGCACUGGAAAUCCAAGCCAAAAUGUAUCUAUGACUUCAUCGAGUCAGCAACCUACGUGGCACAGAGGCUGUGUUUCGUGGUCUUCCCCCAGUUUGACCCCAUCGAGAUCAGUCCAAUCGAAGAAUGGCCUGACAAAUCUUCCAACAUUCUCUCUGGGAAGUCUUAA